GAGCACGCGCCCACAGCGCGCGACCCGAACCGCAUCGUCACGCGCACGGUGCGCCGCGCGACGCGUGCGGAUCUCGCGGAGUAUCUGAACGCGGAGACGUGGGUGUUCACGCGCGCGCCCGAGCGCGAGGCGUCGGAUAAGCGGAAAGGGAUGAAGCAGAGCUCGGAGAAGAAGACGGCGGAGGCGAGGUCAAGGUCGCCGCAUGUGCAUUUUGCUCAGCAGGGGAAUCUGGGGACGACGAAGGAAAGCAGGGGGAGGCGGGGGAAGAAGACGCCUCGGCGUACGAGGCUGGAGGACGGUGGGCGGCCCAAGGCACCUGCUACAGGGCACGAGACGACGCACCAGCCAGAACAGCGCAUCUAUGCAAAUCAAACAAUGGCAGCUCCAGCACCAGUGCCGAAUCCAGCACCCCAACAGCGCACACACGCCACACCCGCAAGGUCGACCCACGGCCAGUGGUGGUCGCCCAACCCCGCGUUCUGCUGCGCGCCGAACAAGUGGCCCGCUCCGCGCGAGCAAGCGCCCAACCCGCGCACGCCUGAUCCGCCCCACCAUCCUGGAUUGUCGCCGUACACGCACCCGUACCGCUCUCCAUACGCGCCACAAACACCAUAUGCGUAUACGCCUCAGACGCCCUACACGCCCCGAGCGCCCUACACGCCCUGUGCACAGGCCGCAAACGCAUACACACUCGGCUCGCCCGCCUCGUACGCCGCCGCGCCUGCGUACAUCCACUCGCCGUUCCCGUUCCGCCCCGUUCCGGUGCUACGUGGGCCGUGGGUGGGCGACUACGGUACGCCGGCGUGGGGAGGGGGUGCGGCGGGGCUUGCUUACUGAGGUGGCUGAUGAACAUUAAUGAAAGCGAGGAUGUGUAUGGACUCUCAUUCAUGGUUUGCGGUAUAUGUCAAGGCUAUGCGACUUACUGGUUGUGUGUGUUGUCGGUCCCUAUGAUACCC